AUUCCUCCCGCCCUACCGGCAUUCUCGUUGCAUCAGCUGUCAUUCAGACCGCCAAUUCAAACCGGAUUACCAUUGGAAAUUCACAAACUCAAGAAUAUAUAUUCGGAACGAGAUUCAAAGCGAUGUAUAUGUCGGAAGACGCGGAUUUGCCUGCGCUUUUUAGGAUACUAGAACCCGGAGUACCGGUGGGACAUCCUUCCAGCUCCUCACUAUGAGCUCUCGCGAUCAGUUUUGAACCUUAAACCAGAACAUAUCACACGAACCGUUGAAGUAAAGAGGCUCAAAAGCAAUAGAUAACACUUUAGACGUAUUCGGAAGCUUAUCUCAAAGCACAUCUGUCACGCAUCCUGACUGGAAAACACGCGCCGCUCCGAUCGCGUGACUCUCGCUCCCCACGCGCUCAUACACAGACAGACUUUAAAUUGCUGGAGUUCAGUGACAUGCAUCAGCGGGGAUCGUUCGUCUCUCCGUUGCUCAGCGGUGUUUUCUGCCAGUGCCGCUCGGAGGAGUAUCAGGGCUCGGACCCCGGUGGAGGUGGUCGGACUCUGGGCUCCGCGACAUCUCUAUCCGAGCACCGCCAUGAUGAGUCCUGCGACUCCCCGCAUCACUGCCCGGUGUGCGGCGGACCCGAGCAGGAGCAUCGGCUCAAGGUGCUCUUCCAGAUCCUGGAUGUCAACAGAGACGGAGGCAUCUGUGUCAACGACCUGACCAUCGGACUGAAAAAGCUGGGGGUCCAUCGCACUGAACAUGAACUCAAGUGGCUUCUGCGAGUAACAGCGUGCCAACAUGAUACCGCAGGGCCACCUGACGGACUAAAGGAACGAAACUUAGAAAAUGCUGCAAAAAAGGAAGGCCAGAGGGAACCGGACACAAAGGCAGAUUCAGUCGGUCAAGAAAAGAGCACAGUAUCUCCAAAGAAAACUACAGUGCUGAUUAUGGUGGCGCCUCCUAAGGAUCUUCAACAGAAUCCCUUCCUGUAUCCUUCACAGAACAUUUCACCACUGCAAUGGUGUUGGCAGGUUCAUGCGUCACGCAGCAACUUCAUGGGCAUCGCCGGAGGAUUCGCCCAAAUGAUCCGUGAGGGUGGACUUCGGUCGCUGUGGCGAGGGAACGGUAUCAACGUUUUGAAGAUCGCGCCUGAAUCUGCUAUCAAGUUCAUGGCGUAUGAGCAGAUUAAGCGGCUGAUUGGCAGCAAUCAGGAGACGUUGGGAAUCCUGGAGAGGCUGGUUUCUGGGUCUCUAGCAGGAGCUAUUGCUCAGAGCAGCAUCUACCCCAUGGAGGUUUUAAAAACUCGUCUUGCCCUGGGAAGGACGGGUCAGUACUCUGGUAUGAAGGACUGUGCUAAACAUAUAUUUAAGAAGGAGGGACUGAAAGCCUUCUAUAAAGGUUAUAUUCCCAAUAUGUUGGGAAUCAUCCCUUAUGCGGGAAUAGACCUGGCUGUUUAUGAGACAUUGAAAAACUCGUGGCUGCAGAGGUUUGCUACAGACAGUGCCGAUCCGGGUGUGUUUGUGCUGCUAGCCUGUGGUACAAUGUCUAGUACUUGUGGACAGUUAGCAAGCUACCCAUUAGCCUUAGUGAGGACACGAAUGCAGGCUCAAGCUACUCAGGAAGGCAGCCCACAGAUGACCAUGACUGGUCUCUUCAGACACAUUGUACGGACAGAGGGCGCUAUUGGACUCUAUAGAGGCUUGGCACCCAACUUUAUGAAGGUCAUUCCUGCUGUUAGCAUCAGCUAUGUGGUGUAUGAGAACCUAAAGAUCACCCUUGGCGUCCAGUCCCGGUGAGGGGAACCCAAAGACUGUUCAAAUCCUUAAUGUCUUUUGUUUUUUCCUCUCAACUUUUCUUUUGGACUACUGAAAGAGAUCGUCCAGGAUGGCCAGUUUGCACUCGAGGAGAAGUGUAGCAACAGUCGGCCAAGAAAGAGCUUGCAUGAGGGGAAGACGAGAGGUUUGACUUUAUUCAGUGAAUGGAAGAGUAACUGGAAUAUAUGAGACCAGGGACAUGCAUAGAAAAUACCUCUGCAUUAAAUACAAUCCUAGCUGUAAGUAAAAUGUGAACAUAUCAAAUGGCAACUGUAUUGGAUCCAGACACUCCCUUAUUCCACCCCUGAGGUCAUGGGGUUGCGUUUGCUAUAUUUUAGUAGGAACCAAUUAUAUGCAAGACAUUUUGAAAAACUACUUUAUGGAAAGGAAGGGCCAAACACCUGAUGGAUUCAAAGAGCCAGAUUUACUAAAGCAUUUAGUAUAUGCAAAUUUUCUUUAAGAAAAUAACACUGCAUCCAUUAAUUAACUCAUUUAAACUGCACAACUGAAAUUUAAUGCGCUAAAGGCUUUAGUAGAUGCAAUGCUAAUAAUAAUCCUGGUGUAGUCCCUUCAGAUCACUGAAUCAUCAUUCCACUGGAUGGCAGUGUUCAGUAAUAAAGAGCUGACUGGGCCAGACACAAUUUGUUACAAGAUCACCCACAUACUUGCAUUUCGCUGGCAUCAUUUACUGCUUGUAUUAUUAUACGAUUUAUUCCCUUGUAUUAUUACGUUAAUUGACAUGCCAGUUUUCACAUCUUGAAAGGGAUAGUGUGUAACAAGGGAAAUGUUUGCAAUAUAUGUCUUAUUCAUCAAAUUGUCCCUCAAAUUGUUGAGGAUUGUCAAUUUUUUUUUUUUUUUUUAUGUUGUAUAUUACAUUUCAAUUGAAGGUUACUAUAAAAAAAAAGACUUUAUAAAAUUAAAAACACUAUGUAUGUGCACACACUCCCCAUGGUGACUGGCAGCUAAUCAAGCGUUAUGUAAACAAGUGUUUUAACGCUUCGGGUCAGUUUUAAAAUAAAUCCGUGUGUGGAUCCAGUGUAAAAUGACCUGGGUUUGAGAAUUCAGCACCUGCUUUAAUGCAGUGGGCUGAGUUCUGUGUCUAAAUAGACACUGUCAGGUCUUAAGUUGAAGAAAGCAGUGCUACAAAUUGAUUUGUUUUUACAUUCAAACAAUUCUUGUUCAUAAAUUGAUAAAUUAUCUGCAGUGUAAAUACAGUUUCUCACCAGUAUUAGUUUGCAAGGAUUUCAAACAUAACUAUAACACUCUGAUUUAAACUCUAGUCGAGGGACAUAUUUAAGCACUUUAUUUUAAUAAAAAUAAACCAGACUUGAAUUUUUAGGAGGAUUUACAAUGGAAUGACAGUGUUCAGUAAUUGUAGUGGUUGUGAUUUAAGCAAAUAUUAUUUUUCAGCAUUUAUGUUUAAUGUUUGUAUCAGGUUGGGGGGUUUAUGUAAAGGAAACACUAAAAAGGUACAAUAUAGGUUAGGAUCUCUUUUGAAAAAAUUGUAUUUGACUCUACUUUGCAGCAGUAGGCAAGAAUCUUGUAUAUUUGCAUAUGACAUAUUUCAGGAUUGGCACCCUCAUGUACAUUUUGACGGACAAGGAGAAAAUAAGUUGCCCUUACAGCUAUUGCAUGGGAAGUCCUAAAACCCACCAGUUCAAUGGGUUGUUGCCCUUUGUAAUUCUACAAGACCGUAGUGUUCAUAUAGUUGCCUUAUUUAUGAAUUAAAAAAAGCUGCUUUUAGACUAUUAUGCAGGGCGUUAAUGUCAGACUGAAAUAUUUUCUAAUGAUUUGAUUCUCAGGGAGAAUUCAGUCUCAGAUACUCCUGUGCAGAUGAGACUUCUGAAACUCUUCUCCAUUGAGAUCUGGAACAGAUAUCUGCAUGUUUGUAACUUUUAUGGAGAGUUUGUGCAGGCCUAGGAUCAGUUGGUCUUUCUCAAGCCUCAUGAAAAUGACUUGGAUGAGUGAAAAACAGCAAAUACCCUUCUGUGUCCCAAUGGUGGUUAAACUAAACUCAGCUGUGGCCCGAUUCCCUUUGAAUCAAUUCAGUCUUUGUAACGCAUGUAUGUAUGUCUUGUCUGAAUAUGCACAAAUUGCACUGUGGAGUCUUUACAGGGCUUUAAAAGCUGUAUUGCCUGCCUCGUAAUGGAUGCAGCUUGUUUUUUGCAGCUUUUUUUUUUCACUGUUUCUCACAGGAGAAAUCUUUGGACUCCUCUGGACUUGUGAGCUCGACCCAUUAGAGUGGUUGUCCUGAGACUAAAGGCUUUAGAUUGUGUGUGUUUGUGGCGUUCAACACAAUCAGGGAAUGCCGCCCUUUGAGACUGCCUGUAAUCUAUUGCCUUACUGUUCAUGUACCACGUUUUGCCACAUGUAUAUCAAUAUGUGCUGUUGCUAGGGUCCCCCGAGUAUCGUAAACAUACACACUAAUAAAAUAUCCAAAUAUCUGUACUGCAAAACAUAUCUAGAUGUGAUGACACAUCUGUGAAGGUUUAGUUGAGAUGUGAAAAUCGAUGUAUACGGGACAAAAAUGGAAAUAAAAAUCUACAUCCUCUAGAAUGCAGAAACUGAAUGUAGAGCGCAAAUAUUUAUGUUUGUAAAAUAACUCAAAUAAAGUUAUUCUUCAUUAUGUUCAGUGAA